AAUAAUAUAUAUUGAAAUAGAAGGUAGCAGUUUACGGGUUGUAAUAUGUUUAUACGAGCGUGUUCUUCAGAAACACCGGUAUCGUUUGAUAAUAAUCCAAAAGAGGUUAUAUUGGAGCUUGAAGAUGGUACAGUAUAUGAGGGAUAUUCAUUUGGAGCAGAGAAAUCGGUAUCAGGGGAAUUAGUUUUUCAGACAGGAAUGGUUGGGUAUCCGGAAUCUAUGACAGAUCCAUCAUAUAGAGGUCAAAUUCUUGUUCUUACAUUUCCUCUUGUGGGUAAUUAUGGUGUUCCAUGUAGAGAGAAGAUGGAUCCGAUAAUUCCAGAUAUUCCACAUUAUUUUGAGUCUAAGGAGAUUCAUAUUUCUGCCUUGGUUGUUUCGAGUUAUUCACGUACAUAUUCUCAUUAUCUUUCUCAAAGUAGUCUUGGUGAUUGGUUGCAAGAAAAAGGCAUUCCUGCAAUGUAUGGAGUAGAUACUCGGGCACUUACAAAGAAAAUAAGAGAUCAGGGAUCUAUGCUUGGAAGAAUACUAAAAAUAAAACAAGAAUUUGCUUUGUAUGAUUUUUCUAAUAAUGAUGAUGAUUCAUGGAAGGAUAAAUUUGAAUGUGUUGAAUGGGAAGAUCCUAAUAUUAGGAAUCUUGUUAAGGAGGUUUCUAGGACUAGUGUACAUAUUUAUAAGCCAUUGCCUGAAGUUUCUCAGAAGGUAUCUUCAGGUGAGCAACUUCAAGUUUUAUGUGUUGAUGUUGGGAUAAAAGCGAAUCAGAUUCGUUGUUUUCUAAAUAGAGGGGUAGAACUUAAAGUAGUUCCAUGGGAUUAUGAUUUCUCUUUGGAAAAUGAUUAUCAUGGUCUGUUUAUUUCUAAUGGACCAGGUGAUCCCUCUAUUUUGACAACAAUUAUUGAGCGUUUGAAAAAAUGUAUUGAUGCUGAAAUGACUCCAAUCUUUGGAAUUUGUUUAGGUCAUCAGCUUCUUGCAAGAGCUAUUGGUGCAAAAACUAUGAAAAUGAAAUUUGGGAAUCGGGGGCAAAAUAUUCCAUGUACAAAUAUGAUAAAUGGUUGUUGUUAUGUUACUUCGCAAAAUCAUGGUUAUGCAGUUGAUGCAUCCACUCUACCAAAUAAUUGGAAGGAACUUUAUGUGAAUAUUAAUGAUGGAUCUAACGAAGGUAUUUAUCAUGAAACUUUACCUUUCUUUUCUGUGCAAUUUCACCCUGAGUCAGCACCUGGCCCUAAAGAUACUGAAUUUAUGUUUGAUGUAUUUAUUGAUGCUAUUAAAUGUUCUUUUAGUGAAAAACGUCUUGUUCCUUUUAAAAUUCCUGGAAAAGCGCUUCCAAAUUGUGUUUCGGGUUUUAGAAAGUCUAUUAAAAAGGUUUUGAUACUUGGUAGUGGGGGUUUAAGCAUUGGACAAGCUGGUGAAUUUGAUUAUUCGGGUAGCCAGGCUAUUAAAGCUUUAAAAGAAGAGGGUAUAUAUACUGUUUUAAUCAACCCCAAUAUUGCAACUGUACAAACAUCAAAAGGAAUGGCUGAUAAAGUUUAUUUUCUCCCGGUUAAUCCGGAAUUUGUAUUGAAAGUGAUAAAAUAUGAAAUUCCUGAUGCAAUUUAUGUAACAUUUGGGGGACAAACUUCUCUUAAUGUAGCAAUACGUCUUAAAGAUGAAUUUGAAAGACUAGGUGUUAAAGUUCUUGGGACACCUAUUAGUACUAUCAUUAUGACUGAAGAUCGAGAGUUAUUUGCUAGAAGUAUGAAAGAAAUUAAUGAGAAAUGUGCUAUAUCUGCUUCUGCUUCAAAUAUUAAAGAUGCAAUGAAAGUAGCAAAUGAUAUUGGAUAUCCUGUUAUUGUUCGAGCAGCAUAUGCUUUAGGUGGUCUUGGAUCAGGUUUUGCGGAUAAUGCUACACAGUUAUACGAAUUGUGUAGUAAAGCAUUUAUUAUCAGUCCACAAGUAUUAAUUGAGAAGAGUAUGAAAGGUUGGAAAGAGAUCGAAUAUGAGAUACUUCGUGAUUGCAGAGAUAAUUGCAUUGCUAUUUGUAAUAUGGAGAAUUUUGAUCCUCUGGGAAUACAUACAGGAGAUUCUGUUGUAGUUGCUCCAUCUCAGACUCUUUCUAAUGAAGAUUAUAAUAUGUUACGAACAACUGCUAUUAAUGUUGUACGGCAUCUUGGUGUUGUUGGUGAAUGUAAUAUUCAAUAUGCAUUGAAUCCUUUUUCAAAAGAAUAUUAUAUUGUUGAAGUUAAUGCUAGGUUGUCUCGGUCUUCUGCUCUUGCUUCAAAGGCUACUGGAUUUCCUCUUGCAUUUAUAGCUGCUAAACUUGGUCUUGGAAUUACUCUUGAUGAACUUAAAAAUACAGUUACGAAAAAAACAUCUACAUGUUUUGAGCCAAGUUUAGAUUAUAUUGUGGUUAAGAUACCACGUUGGGAUCUUAAGAAGUUUACACGUGUAAAUACUCAGCUUAGUUCUUCUAUGAAAUCUGUUGGGGAAGUUAUGAGUAUUGGUCGUACUUUUGAGGAGACUAUUCAAAAAGCAAUUAGAGCUAUUGAUUAUAAUAACCUUGGCUUUAAUGAAACGGAUGCUCUUAUGUCUUUAGAUAUGGAAUUGCAAACACCAUCUGAUCAGCGAUUGUUUGCUAUUGCAAAUGCAAUGUAUGCCGGUUAUUCUGUCCAAAGGAUAUGGGAAUUAACAAAAAUUGACAAAUGGUUUUUAGAUAGACUUAUGGGAUUGAUCAAUUUUGAAAAGAAAAUUCGAGAGUAUAACCAGUAUAAUAUACCUAUUUCUCUUCUUUCUCUAGCAAAACGAUUUGGUUAUUCUGAUCGCCAGCUUGCUAAAUUUUUGGGAUCAACUGAACUAGCUAUACGCAAAAAAAGAAUUGAUGCAUCUAUUAUUCCAUUUGUUAAGCAAAUUGAUACUGUUUCUGCAGAGUUUCCUGCUUUUACUAAUUAUCUUUAUAUGACAUAUAAUUCUAGUGAACAUGAUAUAUCAUUUGAAGAUCAUGGUGUAAUGGUUCUUGGUUCUGGCGUGUAUAGAAUUGGAUCAUCUGUAGAAUUCGAUUGGUGUGCUGUUCGUGCUAUAAGGACUGUUCGCGAGCGAGGUGUAAAGACUAUCAUGGUUAAUUAUAACCCAGAAACAGUUAGUACAGAUUAUGAUGAAGCUGAUAGAUUAUACUUUGAAAAUAUUAGUCUUGAAAGGGUUCUUGAUAUUUAUGAUAUUGAAAAUUCUAGUGGUGUCAUAGUUUCUAUGGGUGGACAAACUCCUAAUAAUAUUGCUCUUUCGCUUCAUAGAUGUAAUGUUAAAAUAUUAGGAACAUCCCCAGAAAUGAUAGAUUCUGCUGAAAAUCGAUAUAAGUUUUCUCGAAUGCUAGAUAGAAUUGGAAUAGAUCAACCAUUAUGGAAAGAACUUACGAGUAUUGAUGAGGCAUCUGAUUUUUGUGAAUCUGUUACUUAUCCUGUUCUUGUCAGACCUUCAUAUGUGUUAUCUGGCGCUGCAAUGAAUACCGUUUAUUCUAAAGAUGAUUUAGCAGAUUAUCUUAAACAAGCUGUAGACGUUUCAAAAGAACAUCCAGUUGUUAUAACAAAAUACAUAGAAGGUGCAAAAGAAAUAGAGUUAGAUGCUGUUGCAAAAGAUGGGAAGUUGAUUAUUCAUUUUAUUACGGAACAUGUUGAAAAUGCUGGUGUUCAUUCUGGCGAUGCUACUUUAAUUUUACCUCCACAGGAUUUGGAUCCGGAAACCGUACAUCAAAUUGAGCAAGCUACUAUCCAAAUUGCAAAUGCUUUAAAUGUAACUGGUCCUUUUAAUAUUCAGUUUAUUGCUAAAGAUAAUGAAAUAAAAGUUAUCGAAUGUAAUGUUCGUGCAGCAAGAUCUUGGCCUUUUGUAUCAAAAGUUAUGGGUGUCGAUUUGGUUCAAAUAGCUACAGAUGUGAUUUUGGGCUUUUCGGUUGAUCCAUAUCCUAUCAUAGAUACAACUAGAAAUUAUGUUGGUGUAAAGGUUCCUCAAUUUAGUUUUAGUAGACUUUACGGCGCAGAUCCUGUAUUAGGAGUAGAAAUGGCAUCUACAGGAGAAGUUGCGUCUUUUGGAAAAGAUAAAUAUGAGGCAUAUCUUAAGGCCCUUGUUUCUACAGGAAUACGGCUUCCAAAAAAGAAUAUUUUAUUAUCUAUUGGGAGUUUUAAAGAAAAGACAGAAAUGUUAGGAUCAGUUAUUAAAUUGCAUAGAUUGGGUUUUAAGCUUUUUGCAACAGCGGGGACUGCUGAUUUUAUUCAUGAGCAUGGAAUUCCUGUGAAGUAUUUAGAAGCAUUACCAGAAGAUGAAAAACAUCAGAAAUCAGAGUAUUCAUUGACCCAGCAUCUUUCGAAGAAUCUGAUAGAUAUGUAUAUUAAUUUGCCAUCAAAUAAUCGUUUUAGGCGCCCUGCAAAUUAUACAAGUAUUGGAUAUAGGACUCGAAGAAUGGCAGUUGAUUAUUCUAUUCCACUUAUUACUAAUGUUAAAUGUGCAAAGCUUAUGAUAGAAGCUUUGUCAAGAAUUUCAUCAAUAGAUAUUUCCCCUGUAGACUUUCAGACUAGUCAUAAAUCUAUAACUUUGCCAGGGUUUAUAGAUAUUGCUACAUUUAUUCCUCGAAUAACAGAAAUUGAUUCUUCUACUUUUGAAAAUAUUACAAAACAGUAUGUUGCAUCUGGUUUUACAACAAUUUGUGUCAUGCCUAUUGGGCUAAAUAACUCUGUAAUGGAUGCAAAAUCAAUUCCAACAGUAACACUUAAUGUCAAAAAUUCUACGCAUUGUGAUUUUACUUUUUUAGUAGUGGUGGUUCCUGAGAACUUAAGCUAUUUGGAUCAAAUAUCAGGGAAUAUAACAUCAUUGUUUAUUCCAUCUAGUUUUUUAUCUAAAAAUAUUAACAAACUAGCCUCUGUAAUUUCUAAUUUUAAUACCUGGCCUAAUACUAAAGUUAUGAUUACGGAUGCUAAAGGAACAGAUUUGGCGUCUAUUUUACUUCUAACUAGCUUAUAUGACAAGCCUAUUCAUAUUUCUAAUGUGACUACUAAAGACGAUAUAUUAUUAAUAUCUUUAAGUAAGAAAAAAGGUCUUAAGGUUACAUGUGAUGUGUCUAUUUAUUCUCUAUUUCUUUCUCAGUCUGAUAUUCAUGAGUCUACGGUUUUGCCUACAGGAGUAGAUCAGAAAUCAUUGUGGGAAAAUAUGCAAAUAAUUGAUUGUUUUUCAGUUGGAUGUUUACCUUAUCAAGUUGCAUAUGAACUUAAUCAGACAAAUUGUUCUCAUGUUGGUAUUUCAGAGUCACUUUCCUUAUUAUUUGCUGCAAUAACGGAUAAAAGGUUAACAUUGGACGAUAUAUUGUUAAGAUUAUAUUAUAAUCCAAAGCAUAUUUUCGGUAUUCCAGAUCAGGCAGAUACUUUUAUAGAAGUAGAGAUUGAUAGAAGUUAUGUUUUAAAUUUAGAAGAUGGGUGGUCUCCUUUUAUUGGUCAAAAAAUGGUAGGAUCAAUACAUCGUGUAGUGUUUAAUGGUCAAACAUCGUAUCUUGAUGGAAAGUUUUUUCCCAAUUAUAAAGGAAAAGAUAUAUCUAUGACAUUUAACAGUUCGUCCUUAUCUUUAGCAGAUGUUUCUCUGAAUUCUUCAAAGAAAGAUACAGAUUUGAAGCCUUUUGUUUCGUCUUCGAGGUCUUUAAAUGAAAGAGUUUCUCCAUUAGUAUACCCUGAGCAAUUUAAAAAAACAUCAUUAUCAUUUGCUCCUCAAAUUUCAGAUUCUGGUACUUUGCUUUCUUUGAUUAGAAAUAUGAAUUUUUUUAACAAGAAUAUUAUAUCAGUUCAACAGUUUAAUCGUAGAGAUAUGCAUUUACUAUUUUCUAUUGCUCAUGAAAUGAGAAUUGCUGUGGAACGUCAGGGUACAUUAAAUUUAUUAGCGUCUAAAGUUCUUUGUAUGAUCUUUUUUGAACCUUCUACAAGAACGUCUGCUUCGUUUGAUGCUGCUAUGCAGCGACUUGGUGGUCGUGUUAUUUCUGUUAAUCAUAGCACUUCAAGUGUGAAAAAAGGUGAAUCAUUAGCAGAUACAAUUAGGACUUUAGGGUGUUAUGGUGAUGCUAUUGUUUUAAGGCAUCCUUCUGAAGAUAGUGCAAGUAUAGCUGCUAAGUUUUCUCCUGUCCCAAUUAUUAAUGGGGGUAAUGGAAGUUAUGAGCAUCCAACUCAAGCUUUCUUAGAUUUAUAUACGAUUCGUGAAGAAUUAGGAACUGUAAAUGGAUUGAACAUAACAUUUCUUGGUGAUCUUAAAUAUGGUAGAACCGUUCAUUCUUUAGUUAGAUUGUUACGUUUUUAUCAGGUUGAGAUCAAUUUAGUUUCUCCUCCUCAGUUAGCAUUGCCAGAAGAUAUUAAGAAAUCUAUAUUGGAUGAUGAUCAAAUUGUUAAUGAGUAUUUUGCUUUAACUGAGGAUAUCAUUUCUGUAACAGAUGUAUUAUAUUGUACAAGAGUACAAGGCGAGCGAUUUUCUGAUCCAGAAGAAUAUGAAAGGCUUAAAAAUUCCUUUACAAUUAAUAAUGAUAUUCUUCAUAAAGCAAAAUCACAAAUGAUUAUUAUGCACCCAUUUCCCAGAAAUGAAGAAAUAUCUGAAGAAGUUGAUUUUGAUCAAAGAGCUGCAUACUUUCGAGAAAUAAAAUAUGGAAUGUUUAUUCGCAUGGCACUUUUAGUAGCUGUUUUAGGAAUCAAUGAGCGAUCAUGAUUUUUGGUAAUAAUAAAAAGUCAAAUAUUCAUUAAAAUAUUCUUU